CCAUCCACAUGUGCGCCGGGGGAGCACCCGAGACUCGCGCUCUCUCUCUCUUCUCGCCUAGUGCAGCAAUAGAGUACUUCUCCUCUCGGCAGUUUAGUCUAAGAUUAGCAUCAGACAGGAGGACAGGAAGUGCACAUCUCCGUCGCGCGUUGUUGCCCGCGCGUCAGAUUUGUUUGUCAACCACACUCGCACAUGCACAUAUUGAUUACCAGCCGCCGCCACUGUUGCUGAUCGGAAUAUUAAUCAACGCCGGCUCCUUGCAACGAACGCCGCAAUUACGCGCGCGUCGUACGCACUCGACCUGACAAGGCAGAAAUUGUGCCGGAAGAAGCUGAUUAAUUAGUAUGCACCGCUGCUAGUGGCUGAAGAUGGCUUACACGAACGUCCCCUCGUCAAGUCUGGUGUGUCUGCCCUCGAUGCUGGAGGCGUCGCACGCACGGAGGUCCUCAACCGGUAUGGGUCAGAUGAUGCGCAGCUUCAGCAGCUCGUCCAACCCUCUGCAGGUCUUGCGCUGCGUCCACUCGUCCUCGAGCAACGUCUACAACAACAUCCCCAUGAGGGAGACCCACUACAAGGUGCCUCCUACCGCCAACAACAGGCUGGACCAGCCGGGGGCGGAACUCUGCAUGGGCAACCGGAGGCACUCGAUAAGCGGCGCCUUCAGGGAGCCCGACCUGCUGACUGGGACACCGGUAUGCGGACCGACAGGCACCUUGAAGAGCUUUCGCAGAGCUGCCAGUAUUAUUGAGGAGGUGGGCCAAAGAGGUCAGCAGUCCUCAGAAGAAAAGAAAAUCAGGAUUAAAGCAUCGGUGCGGAUGCCCCCAAUGAGGUCCAGCAGUAGCAGGGAUGACAUCCUCAUCCUUUCCAACCAACAGAGCCAUGUGGCCAACCUGUGGGCCAACUACCUCUCAUCCUGCUUUGAUCAGAUGUGUCAAAAGCGAAACAGGCCACCCUUCAGGAUUUUGCGGGUCGGCCUGGAUGACAUUGUCGGUUCUGUGCCGUUUGCCCUGGAGGAACGCAUUGUGCAAGUGAAGCUGAAGCUGGUGAUCAUGUGUCCGUUGUUCCUGCAGCAGGUGAUGGAAUACCCGAGACCCAGCCAGGCACUUUCGAAACUGCUCAUGCCGAACCGCGUCCUGGCGAUGCUUUUGGGGGUUGAAGAGGAUCAAGUCACGGAGCAGCACAGAGCCGCUUUAGCAAACUUCAACCAGUGGCAGCGCGUGCCUGUGAGAAACAAGGACGCUGCGUUUGUGAGUGAAUUCCUUAACGAUUCGAUGGCAAUCUUGACUCGAGUAGCUCACGAGGAGCAGUCGAUGAACCAAAAUAGAGCUUCAUUUUCUCUCCAGCCGAAGAAAGUCAACAACGCUCACAACAAAGUCCUUGUCAUGCUCAACGAGCCCAUCGGGCAAGAAGACACGGUCAAAAUCUCCAUCAACAAGGGUGGCAAGCUCAUCGAAGUGAAUAAUGCCAAAAAGAGGAAUCCUUUCACAAUCAUGUUCACCAUGCCAGAAUCGUGCAUGAUGGUGUCAAUGCUGGUGGGAGUAAUGGUCUCCAAGAAUGGAAACCCCCUGGGUUGUCGACAGAUCAAGUGCGAAAGCAAAAUGCGAGAGGUGGAUCAACUACUGAAGAGCAUUGGAAACCCUCUGGAUUUCAUGUGCCAGACUCUUGGAAUGACUGACAAGGAGCAGCUGGACAACUACAUGGUUUCUGCAUUCCAAAAGAAUAUUCCGCCAAACUUCAACCUCCUUCAGUCCCCAGACAGCAAUCCAAGGAAGUCAGUCGUCUGUGCUGAAGAGUUCCCAACGCUGCUUCACUUCGCCUGCAAAUACGGUCUGGACAAACUGGUGUGGCAGCUGAUGGAAUGCCCUGGUGGAGACGCAGCCGCUGAAAUUAGAAAUUGCAAUGAUCAGUCACCAGCAGAAAUAGCUGAGCUAGCAGGUCACUUGAAGGUUGCCAACACCAUCAGAGGCUACACUCAAAUGAAUGAGUUUACCAAUAUCUACAGCUAUAUGAAAAUGACAGCUGAAACCAAGGGCCAAGCUGCUCCAGCAGAAGCUGAGGACAUGUACAAUCUACCCAGGCCACUGAACGAGACUUAUCAGGUUCCUCCAGCAGCGAGACCACUGACAGUGAGGAAGGCGUCCACGUCAUCCAACGGAUCUUCAGAAGCCGACCAUCCAAUCGAAUACAUGAGGAUGAACUCUUUGAAAAAAAAUUCAAAGAAGGAGAAUCAUUCUACCAAUCACACUAGGUCGAUGGGAAGGAAGGAAAACAUGCAUCCUGAGGAGCCCUUCAGAUCCGAGAGCAGGAACAAACACCGCGCAAGCGAGGAUAGCAUUGGCGCCGCGGCCACGACCAAGCCAAGCAAGUCGAGGGAGCACCUCGCAAUGACCACGGAUGACGAGCUGGUGGAAAUCUUUAAUGACUUCAAGAACAACGUCUAUACACUAGCUGAGGUUGAAAAGCUCGUGGAAAGCUGGAAGAACAGAAACGACGUGCAGCAAUCGAUGAUGGAGAAGCAGGAGUACUUCAAGCAGCUGAGGGCAGACUAUGAGCGCCUACAGAACAAAAUGAGAGAAGACAUGAAAAGAACAACUCCGUUUGAGAAGAUGAAAAAUUUUUUCUUCAGGAGCAAAGAAAAAAAUUCAGCAAAGACAAGCCAGGAGACCAGGAAUAACUUCCUCUCUACACAUUCCUGCUUAGAUGCGGGCAUGCAACACAGCUUGCGUCCCACUAGUAGCCUCAGCAUCAACAGCAACAGCAGCUCAUCAUCUUCUGAGCGGAUGAGCACCACCAGCAACUGCAGUGGUGCCAGUCUUGGGGACAGCGGCACACACUCUGAUCACGAAGACAGAAAAGUGCUGGCGAAUUUGAAGGAGCCGCCUCAGAUCGUCGAAGAGGAAGAAGACACUCUUUGCCACGAGUACACAGCAGUCCAGAAUUAUGCAGUUCCUCCACUUCCUCGCCCAGUCAUGGAGGCCAAAAACAAACCAAAAGUAGCCAAAAUCCAUUUUGAGGAGCUCCCACCAUUGCCAGCACCAAAUAGACCGUGUGACUUAUCGUUCAAAGAGGAAGAUCCAAAUGCCUACAUCAUACCUGAGAGCUUAAAUACUGCCGCACAGCAAGAUACUCCACCCACGACUCCUCACACUGCCGACUCCGAGUUCGCUCCGGACUACAUGAACUGGGCAGCGCCUCUCGACAAGAUGCCCAGUUACAUGAAUCUUGUCCCACCUCCUGUCCCACCAAGAUUGUUGUCAUCCAGACAAGCUGCUCUGGUCUAGGAUAAGUCACAUUUUGUUAAGUUAAUUUUAAGGCCAAUAUGGUGGUGAAUUGAUUACCUGCAUCAUUUACCCUUUUAACAUGAUAAACUAUAACUCUGUUUCAUUGUUGAACAUGAUAGUCUAAAUGUUUAAACUGUGAUGAUGAAAAAACUUAACAAAGUACGAAAAGUUACAAUGUCAUGAAAGCGAAAAAUGCCUUUGAUUCUUGAAAUAUGUUAAUUUCGCCUCAUUACUUUUGAUGUGUUCUUUGUAUAUAUAUCAAGAUGUGAUGCAUGCUUUUUUAUUGUAGUGUACUGUACAUAUUACAUGCAGAAAUUACGUACUUUUAAAAUACAAUUUAUACAAAUAUGUAUGUAGCUUAACAAAAA